AUGGUGAAGUGUAACACGCAGGGCUCCAGGGUGCCGCUGGCGGAGACCUUCUGGCAGCUGUGGCACGCCCAUGGCGCGAGAAUGCUGUACCGCGGGUUCUUGGCCUGCGCCGCCCGUGACGUCGGGCAGACGGCGGCCUAUUUCGGGCUGGCCGAAUUUUUCGGUCGUAGCGAAUAUCUCCAGAGGCAGUUCGGGUCGCACGCCGCGUUGAUCGCCGGGAUGUUGACUGGCCUUGGGCACUGCCACGUGGAGCUGCCUUUUGACUGCAUCAAGACGCGGAUGCAUACGAAUUGGGAGUACCGAGGAUACGCGGACUGCAUGCGGGACGUGUUUCAGGACGGACCCUUCGUGGGUUUCAGGCGGCUCUUCAGGGGCUACCUGCCCUGGAUGUCCCGCGCAAUGCUAUGCCAUGGGGCCUCGUUCUGGGCAAUCGCCCAGGCUCGAAGAGUGGCAGGUCUGUGA